ACAAUAAACGAAGGAAAUCGCCAUGUGGGUUGUUUCUACUACCAGCGCACAGCACCCCUCCUCAGACUGGUUUUCUAUAACGAGACUCGGCGCAAUUCACCUGAUUUUUGCGUUCGCACCUGUCGUUGGGCAGGUCUGGCAUUUGCGGGUCUCGCAGAGGGCUCAUUGUGCUACUGUGACAGAGCGAUGCCCGCAUUUGCACUUCCAUCAACACGAUGUGGGGUGUAUCAGUGCCCAGGAGACGCCUCGGAAACGUGUGGGGGUGAUGUUGCCAUUGACGUGUUUGCUACAGGCGCGGUUGAGGUACCCCACCAAACGCUGGAGGAAGCUCCGCUCAUAACACCACUGGAACACUUUGCCGCCCUCUCAAACGAGGAGUUCGAGAACGUGAGAAUCGUCUAUGUGCUGAUACUCACAGGUCGCAGUUGGAGACAAGUUCAAAGGAUGUUUCGUCUUCUCUACCACACCUCAAACUACUUUUACAUACACGUUGACUUGAAGAGUGAGUACCUCUACUCGAAGUGCCGCACUCUGGCCAGUCUAUUCCCGGACAAUGUCUACGUGACUCCGAAUCGACAGAACCCAGUUUGGGGUGCACCCAGCUUGCUGGAUGUCCUGCUCUCCAUUAUGGACGAUCUCUUCGAUAAGUUCUCACACUGGAAGUGGGACUUCUUCAUCAACCUCAGUGAAACAGAUCUGCCGGUGGUGCCAGUUGGGACUCUUGUUCGCAUCCUCAACAACCACCGUGGACGCAUAUUCGCAAAGCAGACGGGCGAAGAGACCUUCAAGUACAUCCACUCCGAGGGGCUUCAGUACGCGUUCGUGCAGUGCCGGGACUACGUGUGGCGGGUCGGUCUGCGUCCGCCGCUCGACGGCGUAGUCAUCCACGGCGGCUCCGAUUGGCUUAUUCUGCCGCGCAAUUUCUGCUACUACAGCGUGCGCGGCAGCGACGAUCUCGUCAGUGGGCUGCGCAAGUGGUUCCAGAAUGCCAUCCUUCCGGUUGAGAGUUUCUUUCACACCCUUGCACACAACUCGCACUUCUGCGACAGUGUCGUCAACACCAAUCUGCGAUUAACAAACUGGCAACGUCCACGGGGAUGCAGCUGUAAGAAGAACAGCGUGGCAGACUGGUGCGGCUGUUCGCCCUCCGUAUUCUCUGGACCCCAGGGACUGGGUCGCCUGAGUGAAAUGGGCAAUCAGUCGGGUUUCGCGCGGAAAUUCGACUCGACGAUUGACGUCGCGAUGGUCAAUUACGUUGAGCGCCGCUUGUUGGGAAGGGAGUUUCCCGAUGACGAAAGCUCCGACACAUACCUCGAGUCGAUCUUCGCAUCGAGAUAUGAUACAGGACAGAUUUCACACAACGCGCGCACUGCAAUAAAAGUGCUGCUCUCGGAAACACUUCAAUUUGCGACUACUUCAGCAACUCCGUGCCAAUUGAAUUAUUCUUUUUCUGAGGAGGAAAAUCUGAGGGAAGUGGACGUUUUCGCAUUCUUCAACACAACUAAGUUAAUUGGCAUCUCAAACUACACUCGACUCGGUGCUCAGCUCGAUCGUAGUGGUUUCCUGCCAAGCAAACUGCUGAAUUCGUUGCUUCCCUUGCGUCUACUGGCAACUCCAGAUUUGGUGCUUCGUCUUCCAGCCCUUGAGGUUCUAUUCCAUCGUGAUGCCGCCCAAGCUUGGAUGUCGCCUCGGUCACCACUAUCUUUGAGGCCAUCUGAGCUUCUCUACUUUGAGGUCAGUUCUGGUUUUGAUGUCAAGGAAUUAGUCUUCCGUGACUACUACCGCUUCAUGUCCGCGAUGGACCGCUUGACUCUGGUGGUCAUUUGGCGCAACAGCGAGCAGGCUGUGCCCCUGACCGCACGCCUCUUUGCUCCCGGUUCGGCUGCCCCCUCAUGCAGCCUCAAUGUCUCGCGUGGUUCGGCGAACAGCGUGCCUUACCCCGGUCUGCCCGGUUUUCGAGCGUCGUUUGUCGACUUUGACCUUCGUGUCUGCUCGCAGGACGCUCCCCGGGGUCUCUGGCGAGUGGAGAUCGACGCCAAGGUCGCGACGUUCAGUGUGGAUGAAGUUGGGCUUUACAGAAGGCACUGGAAGGCAGUUGAUGCGUGUGGAUCCUGUCUACAGCGGGAGUGCCGUCACCAAGUAUGGAGCCCUGCUCGACUGGACAGAAAAUCGGCUCUUGGGCGCUUCGAUGCUUCGACAGGCUUUCUGUUAUUAGGAAAUACCGAUACUGAUAUCCUCGAUAUUGCCAUCUGA